AUGUCAUUACAAUUCCUAGGAGUAGAACGAAAAUAUACUGAAGAAAUUCGGGGGGUAGGACUGAGACUGCGCAAUGUACGCUGUGUGCGAUGUGGUGACUGGGGCCAUCAGAGUGGAGAUAUAGAGUGUAAAUUACGGUACCAGAAUCCUAAUGAAGCUGCUAGACUAAGAUGGGAGGAUCUAAUGACAGAGAUCAACAAGUUCAAGUCAGAGUUGUCCGACGACGAUAAAGCCAAAAAAGCUUUUUUUUGGGAAAAUGCCGAUUAA